UGCCACAACAUCACAACAUCACAACAUCACAACCAAUAAAUAAAUACCAUCCGUGCAGGGAAAUCAUAUAACAUAAUAAUCAAUACCUGUCCCCUUCUUCUCUACUUUGAUAUCUUUCUUUAUAUCUAUCGCAUCCUCCACGUAACACAUCACAACAUCACAACAUCACACAUCACGGAACACAUCACACAUCAAAACAUCAACAUUAUAAUCGCUCUCACAUACACUCUCACAUUACACCGCUUUCCUCAAAUCAAAAAGAUCUACUGAAUCUUUGCAAUUUUUCACUAUCCAAUCAAUAAUCUGCACGUCUCGGCAGUUGUAGCCGGUGAUACAUACAACAUUCGGAAUAUUAAUCAUCACACGGCUUAACAGACUGACACGAAAAUACUCAACCAAGAUGUCACAAUCAACCGAAAAUGAUACAACGAAAUGGAAUGAUAAAGCACCGCAAAAUAUCCCAGAAACCAUCACACAAACCACGAUCUCCUCGUCCACCAGCCUGCCGUCGCCACCAAAUAAACCACAACACACCACAGCUCCCUCCGCCGCAGCUCCAUCACAAUCAACAGCAUCAACAGCUCCCAAUCAACUACCCACCACCACCGUUAAUGAUGGCGCUGCACCUGAAAACGUAAAUCAAACCCAUCUCCAUGAAAGCGAUGGAGAUCAAGAUGCUGAUGUUGAAGUUGUGAGUAAAAUUUCUUCGCUCCCAUAAUAUUAAAUCAAAUGUGAUAUGAAAUACCUACCAAAUUUUCUCAAUACUCACAGUGCCCACAGGAUACCCAAAGUGACGCCGAUUCCAGUUGGGGGGAUGAUGGUGUAUCAACUUCAUCUACAUCCAUCAAUUCAUCCAUGUUAAACUACACCUAUGAAAAUGGUCGUCGCUAUCAUGCUUAUCAAUCUGGUUCCUACCUCCUUCCUAAUGAUGAAGCAGAACAGCAACGGCUCGACCUCAAACAUCACGUGUUCAAACUCAUUCUUGGUGGAAAGUUAUUCUGUGCACCCAUAGAUCCUAAUCCUCAACGAAUUCUCGAUAUCGGAACCGGAACUGGUCUUUGGGCAAUUGAAUGCGCUGAUGAAUUUGUCUCUGCUGAAGUCAUCGGAACCGAUCUAAGUCCUAUCCAACCAAGUUGGGUGCCACCAAAUUGUAAAUUCUUGAUUGAUAAUGCUGAAGAUGAAUGGCUGUUUUCACAUAAUCGGAAAUUCGAUUUCAUUCAUUGGAGAGUACUUGCUUCUUCGAUAUCGGACUGGCCGAGAUUGUUCAGUCAGGCUUACACCCAUGUUCGACCUGGAGGAUGGGUCGAAGCACAGGAACACGAAGUACAUAUUGAGAGUGACGAUGGUACGGAUCUCAAUGCUGGGAACUUGCAGAGGUUUUUCGGAUUGAUUGAUGAGGCAAGUGUCAAGAAUGGAAAGAUGAUGGAUGAGGUUGCUGGGAAUCAAAAGAAAUGGAUGAUCGAGGCUGGAUUCGUCGAUGUUCAUGAUCAAAUCUACAAGGUUCCCAUCGGUCGUUGGCCCAAGGAUAAGCGUCUCAAGGAGAUUGGUAUGUAUUACCAAGCUCAAUGCCUAGAUGCCGUCGAACCUAUCAGUAUGGCUUUGUUUACGAGGGUAUUGGGGUAUAGUUUCGAAGAGGCUCAGGUGAUGAUGGUGGGUCCAAGAAAAGAUAUGAAAAAUCCCUUGAAUCAUGUUUAUAUGAAGUUUCACUUUGUUUAUGGAAGGAAACCAUAUCUUGGAGAGAUUUGAUUCAUGAUAAGCUAUUCAGAAUAAUUACAUUACGUACACAGUUCAAUAUUGUAUAUAUGGGAAUUUUUGAUUUUAAUUUUGAUGGUUUUAGUUAUGGGAAAGAGCUUUUUUUUGAGCGAGGCGCCUUGUUUGGGCGGAUAGUUU